CCCUCCCCUCAGAUCCCUCCCCUCAGAUCCCUCCCCUCAGUCCCUCCCUCGGGCGGCGCCUGCGCAGGGAGCGGCGUAGCCAUGGCUGAGGUGGAGGAAACCCUGAAGCGAAUUCAGAGCCAGAAAGGAGUGCAAGGAAUUAUUGUUGUGAAUUCUGAAGGUAUUCCAAUCAAAAGCACAAUGGACAACUCCACAACCAUUCAGUACGCGGGCCUCAUGCACAGCUUCAUCAUGAAGGCACGGAGCACCGUGCGGGACAUCGAUCCCCAGAAUGACCUCACCUUCCUGCGGAUCCGCUCCAAGAAGAAUGAGAUCAUGGUUGCACCAGAUAAAGACUAUUUCCUGAUCGUCAUCCAGAACCCGACUGAGUGACUACACUGACUAACGCGGUCUGAUUUUUUUCCCCUUUGACCAACUGUUUUCUUAAUUUAACCGUAAAGAAUAGAGCGUUAGCGUUAACUCUGCUGUGCCACUUCCCUACCGUCUGGAAAACCAAAAGCGGGUGGGUUUGUUGUUUACAAACAGAAAAAGCGUCACCUUUUUUUUUUUUUGUAUCGCAAGUUGUUUUGAGGAAAAGUUGGUGAAUUAGAAUCUGGCAGUAAAAACCAGGUUCUUUUAGUAGUUAAGAGUAUAAUAUAAUAAAACUCUAAUAGUAUUCUUAGAAGGUUUAUUCUCUGUGUGUUUCUAUGCUUCUCUCACCACUGUUUGAGAUGCGCUUCUGCACUGUUGCUUUUGAAUGGCUGUAAAUAUGACACUUGCCUGUCCUCUUGUUCUGCCUCAUUCUGUUGGUUUAACGGAGUUCUUUGGGAGAGUCAAAUGUUGAAUUAAAAAGUGGCAGCAGUGA